CCGCGCCAGGCCGCGUUGGUGGCGCCGCGACCCCGCCCUCCCGCGCCUGUCCUUCCCUCCGCUCUCAGCCUUUGCUGGGCGCCAGACCCGGCCCCGCCGUCCGCCUUUUCGUCUGCUGCGGCUUGUCACCCCCGGGGUCCCAGCCUCCGCGGGCCGGGGCCACCGCCGCCGCGGCAGGACGGGGAGGCGGGCCAUGGCGUCCUGCGUGGGGAGCCGGACCCUGAGCAAGGAUGAUGUGAACUACAAGAUGCAUUUCCGGAUGAUCAACGAGCAGCAAGUGGAGGACAUCACCAUCGACUUCUUCUACCGGCCGCACACCAUCACUCUGCUCAGUUUCACCAUCGUCAGCCUCAUGUACUUCGCCUUCACCAGGGAUGACCGUGUUCCAGAAGACAACAUCUGGAAAGGCAUCCUCUCUGUAGUUUUCUUCUUUCUUAUCAUCAGCGUGUUAGCUUUCCCCAAUGGUCCCUUUACUCGACCUCAUCCAGCUUUGUGGAGAAUGGUUUUUGGACUCAGCGUGCUCUACUUCCUCUUCCUGGUCUUCCUCCUAUUCCUGAAUUUCGACCAGGUCAAAUCCUUAAUGUACUGGUUAGAUCCAAAUCUUCGAUAUGCCACAAGGGAAGCAGACAUCAUGGAGUAUGCUGUGAAUUGCCACGUGAUCACCUGGGAAAGGAUCCUCAGCCAUUUUGACAUAUUUGCAUUUGGGCAUUUCUGGGGCUGGGCCAUGAAAGCCCUGUUGAUCCGUAGCUACGGUCUCUGCUGGACCAUCAGCAUCACCUGGGAGCUGACCGAGCUUUUCUUCAUGCAUCUUCUGCCCAAUUUUGCUGAGUGCUGGUGGGACCAAGUCAUUCUGGACAUCCUCUUGUGCAAUGGCGGUGGCAUCUGGCUGGGCAUGGUCGUCUGCCGAUUUUUAGAGAUGAGGACUUACCACUGGGCAAGUUUCAAGGACAUUCACACCACCACCGGGAAGAUCAAACGUGCUGUGCUGCAGUUCACCCCUGCCAGCUGGACCUACGUUAGGUGGUUUGAUCCCAAGUCUUCUUUCCAGAGAGUGGCCGGGGUAUACCUUUUCAUGAUCAUCUGGCAGCUGACCGAAUUGAAUACCUUCUUCUUGAAGCACAUCUUUGUGUUCCAUGCCAGCCAUCCGUUAAGCUGGUGUCGCAUCCUCUUCAUCGGUUGCAUCACAGCUCCGACAGUGAGGCAGUACUAUGCUUACCUGACCGACACACAGUGCAAACGUGUAGGGACUCAGUGCUGGGUGUUUGGGGUCAUUGGUUUCCUGGAAGCUAUUGUUUGCAUAAAAUUUGGACAAGAUCUCUUCUCUAAGACCCAAAUACUCUAUGUUGUACUUUGGCUUCUUUGUGUGGCCUUCACCACGUUCCUGUGCUUGUACGGCAUGGUUUGGUACGCAGAGCACUAUGGUCACCGGGAAAAGACCUAUUCAGAGUGUGAAGACAGCACAUACAGCCCAGACAUCUCCUGGCCUCAUGGGAAAGGUACAAAAGGUUCUGAAGACAGCCCACCCAAGCAUUCAGGCAACAACGAAAGCCAUUCUUCCAGAAGAAGGAACCGACAUUCCAAGUCCAAAGUCACCAAUGGAGUUGGGAAGAAAUGAAAGGCCCUGGUUUAUCAGAGGUGUUCCAGAGAGUGCCUAGAACUGAGAGGGAAACAGGACUUGUCUGGACCUCCCUGUCAGGAGAUCAAAGUGUACAGAGCCACAGGAAGAGAAAGGGGAGCUUGAGGGGGGGGUCACAAUUUGAGAGUAUAAGUCUUGUUUCCCACAGACCUGGCCACAGCAGGCAGACCACGGCCUGGGUUCUUUGCCAAUUUGGGGUCUCCCCUAGCUUCGGCACUUGGCACACAGUUACAGGCAGCAGUGCAUAGUGUUGGAAGGACAAGGUAGCUGUUUACUCAGAGUCCCAGAGCAUCUCUGCGCUGUGUCUUGUGGAUGUGGAUAAAAGUCUUCAUUCAGACACGACCUUAGCCACGGAUGAUUGACUGGUCACUGGUUUUCAUUUAUAUGAAUCUGCCUUUCCAUUUGAUGGGUUUGUUUAAGUUCAGACCACUUUACUAUCUUUUAUUUUGCUGUUUUUAAGGUAGGAUGCUUAAAAUCCUGCAGAAUCCACUGCUGAAAUUGAAAUUGUGGGAGGAUUCCCCAUCCUUCUCAAGGAGAAAAGGGGGGUGCUUUCAUGUUCCUGUUUAGCCCUUUUUAAGGCUGUCAGCACAGCAGGUUGAACAGCAGUCAGAGAAAGGCUAGUUGCCUGCAUAGGAACUGGGUUUCAGAUCAGAGCCUUUUUUGUUCCAUUCCAAAUGUCAUUUGUCCAGACUUACAGUGCACAAAAGUGACCCUGCUAGAGGGGCAGCGACACCACGGCUCCUCCCCCGCCAGGUGCCUUUUACAUGUGCUUGGUUUCCUUCCACGGCGUGUUGCCCGCAUCAUCUUUUAGUCUCAUGUGAGGUGCUGGUGAGUAUUAUCUUUCAUCUGUGCCAUGCUCUAGAACAUUCUCCUAAUAGUUCAUCACCUCUGAUGGAUCCCUGUUUUAAAUAAAACAAUUCACAUGAAAGGCCAUCAAAGUCUGUAAAAUGCUCGUUUCUUU